UUCACAAACACUCUUCUUUUAAGCUCUAGCAGUUAACUAGCAAUAUUAGCAUUUCCUAGUGAAGAUGGCUUCCAAAACUUGUUCCUCCCUUGCUCUUUUCCUCGCACUCAACCUCCUCUCCUUUUCACUUGUCUCUGCAUGCGGUAGUUAUUCAUGCCCUAGUCCAAAGCCAAAGCCAAAGGCCAACCCCAACCCUAGUCCUUCGGGUGCAUCGUGCCCCCGUGACGCACUCAAGCUAGGUGUAUGUGCCAACGUUCUAAAAGGGUUGUUGAACGUGACUUUGGGUCAACCACCAGUAACCCCUUGCUGCUCCCUUCUCGAUGGGCUCGUUGACCUUGAGGCUGCAGUUUGCCUUUGCACUGCUCUCAAAGCAAACGUUUUGGGCAUCAACCUCAACCUUCCACUCUCACUCAGCUUACUUCUCAAUGUUUGCUCAAGGAAAGUUCCCCGUGAUUUCCAAUGUGCCUAAUAUAGCCUAUACACAACAUAUCAUAUAUAUAUAUAUAUAUAUAUAUAUAUAUAUAUAUAUAUAUAUAUAUAUAGCAUGUUUGAAAACUCGUUGAGGAUGGAGAAAUCAUGUCUGGGAUGUGUAAGCUACAACUAUUAGCUUCUUAAAAUCACAUCUAGGACAUGAAAAGUCGUAUCCGAAACAUGAAACCAAACAUGUUAAUCAUCCUAUCUACUUUUUCUUCGUGUUUGCUAGUUGUGGCUUUCCAUUUUUUUUUUCAAAGUCUGUUGAUCAGCGUGUGAAUCUUGUACGUGCAUAGAGGGUUAACUUCUCGUUAUUCCUUCCUUUCCGUGUUCUUUAAAUUGUAAGGUUAGAGUGUUGCAAUAAAUUAAUAAAUAAGUUCCCGGUAUGCUUGCUUGUCUACGCAAGGAAACCAAAGAUGAUGAACUGUGUUAUUUGUUUGAUUGAGAAAUGAUCAUUAUAUGACAAAUAA